GGCGACUAACUUUUUCAUCCCCAGUGGUAGAAUUUGUGCGUGUUGUUGUCUUUUGGUUUGCGUCGUCCGUGCGUUCCACAACAUUUUGGCAGUUUGGGGCGCUGGAUCCGAUUUUGGAAGUGCUGCAAGUGCCCCCAGUCGUAGUCCGUCCACUCCACGCCCGCCGUCGGCCAUCCAGCGGCCUGUCCACAGUGUGCGAGCGCCGCCAGCGGUCGCGCCGGGUGCCGACCUAACCUCACCUUCACAGUCCACAAUGCCAAAGUACUACUGUGAUUACUGUGACACCUACCUGACGCACGACUCCCCGUCCGUGCGCAAGACCCACUGCCAGGGCCGCAAGCACAAGGACAAUGUCAAGUACUACUACCAGAAGUGGAUGGAGGAGCAGGCCCAGAACCUGAUCGACGCCACCACGGCAGCCUUCAAGGCGGGCAAGAUCGCCUCCAACCCGUUCGCCCAGGGCAAGGGGGCGGCUGUGCCUCCUCCAGCCUCGCUGCAGCACCCGGGGCCUCACCCUCCUGGACCUCAUGGACCCCCGCACGGACCCCCGCGGCCUGGCCCUCCCGGCGCGCCCCCACCGGGGCACCCUGGCGGCCCCCCGGGCAUGAUGCACCCCGGCAUGCACCCCAUGGGGCCCAUGGGCCCGAUGAUGGGCCCGCAGGGUCCCAUGAUGGGGCCUCAGGGCCCUAUGAUGCGGCCGCCCAUGGGACCAAUGGGACCCAUGAUGGGGCCUAUGGGACACAUGAUGGGACCGAUGGGGCCCAUGGGACCAAUGAGAGCACCGCCCAUCAUCGCUGGACCAAUGGGACCGCAGAUCAAGAAGUAACCGGACCUCCUUCUGCUUACAUCAGAUGCCCCUCAAGGAGUACUGGAUGAAACCAAGUCGUCAUGAACUUCUUUUAUGGACUGUGUGUUUGUGUUACGAUUGUCAAUUGUUGGACUUUGAUCUUGGUUUGAAUAUGAGUUAAUCGUGUGUUGCUGAUGUUGGUCUGAAAGGAGAUCAGAAUGUGUUUUGCAUGGCUGGGAUAAAAUUAUAUUUUGUUCUCUUCAUUUUUAAUCUAAGAACUUUCCUUAUUCUUGAAAUUGUUUGAAUAAAAUUUUCAAUUCUUUAUACUUGUACAUAUUGUAAAGUAGUAGACAAUAAACAGAUCUCUUUUUAUAUGCA